AUGCUGCGAAGUUGGUACGCAUACCCGGCGCACCGUAAGUCAGACGUCUGGGCCGCCAUCAAUGUCGUCUUGGCCCUCGCACACCGGCAUUCCUACGCUUCAAGCUACGAAGAGACGCAGAAUAUGCAGCGAUAUAUCGAUAACGUCCAAUCCGUCCUAAACAGGUUGGUCAUCAAAGAGCCGAGCAUGCUGGUCUUGCAGACUUUACUUGGACUGGUUCUGGUAUUCCAUGGCUCAGCGGACCAAGGCCCGGCGUCCAUACUUAUAGCAACUGCAAUUAGGCUAUGCCAGGGCCUUAGACUUCAUACGAAGUCUACGGCGCAGGAGUUUGAGCCGGCCGAGGCUCUGCAGAGGAGCCGGGUGUUUUGGAUCGCCUUCAUACUCGACCGCGACCUAUCCAUGAGGUUGACGCAGCCGCCUAUGCAUCAGGAGUCAGAUAUCGACGUGGACAUCCCAUCUCUAAGCCCUCCAGAUGAUGUAGGUAUGAUCAUGGGUUUCUCUGGCCAAAAGUUCAAUUACUUCCGCAGUACUGUUCAGCUUGCCUACAUUCAGGGAAAGCUAUACCACAUGUGUUUCUCAGUUCGAGCUCUCAAGCUGUCAGACCAAGAAAAGUCUCAGAACAUGCUUCGCAUCCGAAAGAUGCUGGAAAAUUGGCAAGACUCAAUACCCAUCGACUUCCAGCCAGAGCUUGCAGCAGCGACCGUGGCCACGGAGUAUCUUCGAUACAUUUGCCUACUUCACUACACCCACCUGCAGCUCAUCGCGACAACGCACUACGCAGACUCGCACCAUCUCGAGUGGCUUCAAGGACUGCUCAGCUGUAACAAGGGAAGUACUCCCGCAGCGCGUUCCGACUUGGCAGCACGGCUUCCGAACUGCUGGGACAAGCUGGUUACGGAGGCGCGGACUUGCAUGCAUCUCUAUGCUGCAACACCCGAGAACGACUCUGCUCUCACUUGGCUAGUGUCGUGCGGCUACCUGACAAGUAUCAUGUUCAUCACCGUCAACAACCUGGCCUGUCCAGAUAACCCGUGUCGGUUGACGGAUCAAAGCAACGUCGAAUCAGCCUUGCUCUUACUCGAGCGUCUUAUCAAGGCUACAGAUGACGGAAGACUCAAGAGAAUUCACAGUGCUUGCAAAGAAAUCAACGAGAGGGCGCGACUCGCCGUGAUGUCAAGUUCACCAGACAGAUUCUCACACUUCGAUCCUCCCGGGCUUGAAUUUGGAGACGAAGACCCUCUUGAUGACGGAAGGUGGGGACUAGUCGACAAUAAUCUUUGGACGAUGAACGAGUAUGCCUCAAGUUGA